CUCUAAGACUAGGUAAAAAUUACCUAAUGUUUGAAAUUUAUAGCCGAUGAUUAAUAAAUCAAUGUGCUCUAGUGAUGUCGUUGAACAAAACAAACAUUUUUACCCUAAAAGUUUACAAAACGAUUAAGCGGCGACUGUCCCACAUUGGACGUCAAAGACGAAACUAAAACAAUCUAAAAUGGUACUAUAAAAUAAACAAAACCCACAUUUCGAACAAUGAACAUUUUCAAAACCUGAACAGCCGUUUUGCAACAGAUAUAACAUCAAAAUUUAAAUCCUAGAUGACCACGAAAAUCUUGACGACCAGAGAAGGUACUUAAUCUGUUGCCACAUGCAGCUAUUAUAGAGUUUGGGAAGUCAUUAUUUUCAAUCAAACGAGUUCAGUGGUAUUAUAUCAAUUAAAAUCGAUUAUGGGUAAUAAAUAUGAUAUUAAACUCGCUACCAUUUAUUAUCAUGUUUAUGUCGCUCGUAAAAUACCUUUCAUUAUCAUUCACUAAAGCUCGUGACAACUGAAAAUUAUUUCACUCUGGAAACAAACCAUGACACGAAAUGGAAGUUUGUUUUAAUAUUUCAUAAUUACGUCAUGAUGUCAACGUCAUGAAAAAAUACACGUUAGUUGAUAACUUGUAGAUCAUGCCCUACGUCAUGAUGUCAUAUGAAAAAUAUAUUUUACACGAUACAUGAUGAAUAUUUUUUAGUUAUUUAUCUUCUCACUCAUGUACACGUUCGUCAUAAGACCAAACGAAGUUGUAUCGAACAAGAAAACAAACAAAGAAGUGCUCGCUAAUGAAAGUUCUGUUAUUUGUGGCGGAGGAAUACAGACAGUGACCCGUAAGCGCCAUUGUAAGAUUACACCGCAAAUAUGUUCUGGUCCAACCAUCAGCUAUGACAUAGAACUAUGCGCCAACCAACCGUGUCCAGUCGUCGUGGAAACUCGAGAAUUCGCUGUCGACGGAGACGCUUGGCUAGGUACAAAAAUACAAAAAGAUACAGGUGACCAGGAGUCCUCUGAUUAUGAGCACGAAGUUCAGACUGAAUCAGGCGAAACACCAAACGCAGAUCAACCACCGAUUGCGAGCGUUAUUAAUGAUGUAGCCAACAUAUUGGAAAUAGACUCUGGCGACGACAAUGAACAGACAGCAGCCGAUAUUGAUCAAAGUGGUCAUGCCAUUGAGGUGGCUAAAAGUCACGAAGUAGAAAACACUGCUGAGGCUGGAGACAAUGUGCCACAGACUCUCCGACCAGCGAACAUCGAGGAAACGCCAGUUCGAGCCUCGCCGUACGGUGAUAUCGCCCAGCAGAGGCGUGUUUUAGGCGUCUGCGCCUGGUACUGUCGUAAGAAUAAGAAGAAGCAUCUGGAUGUCUGUGCAGUGGAUGUCGAGUGGGGUGACUGGGUUGUUCACGAUGAGCACGUGACAGUCACGUGUGGUUGGGGAACUCUCACCAGGACCUACGUCAGAAAAUGUGACACGCCCACUCUAAUGUACGGGGGACAAUUGUGUAGCGGGGACCAUUCUGAAACCAUGACCAAGCAGAGAGCUUAUUUCAAGGCUCCGUGUCCAGUGGUGGACGGAUACUGGGCUGAAUGGACGACGGAAUCUGUCACCAUAUGCUCUCAGGCGUGCGGUAGCGGCCACCAGAUGGCGUUCCGAGUGAGAACGUGCAUUCCUCCCUCGCAGGGCGGGAACCCCUGCUUUGGACCAGACCGAGAUAGCGUUAGGCGGGCUUGCAACGUACACGGCUGUGACAACGGCUAUGUUUACGAUGACGUGAAAAAUGUUGGCGAUUGGACGGACUGGAAGGUGACGUUAUUGGGGCGGUGCUCCAGGUCAUGUGACGGCGGGGUGCGCGAGGUUACCAAAACGAGGCAGUGUGUGAUUGUUGGCGAGGGCCCAGCUCGAUGUGCGGGCCCCAGUCUCAUGAUGACCCAGAACGAGUGCAACACGCAUGCGUGCGAAGAUUAAUGAGGAAACAAAAUUUACUCCAAACAAACACCCUCAGUUGGUAGUUAUUUCACGCCAGUUGACAUUUGUAACAGAUCCGUGUGUUGAUCAAAGACAACGUGUUACUUUUGAUAUAACAAAAAACACAUCAAUCCAUUAUUUGUUUCUUUCAAGUUAGUAUUUAUCCCAGAUGACUAUACAAUUACUAGUCAGUAUAAUGUUAAUAAUUACUCAGCAAUUCCUCUGGUCACCAGCCAAAGAGUGAAACACAGCAGGAAAUAGUUUAGUUGGCUACCUAUUAUUAGGCCUCCACUCGUCCAAAAUAUUGGACGCGACUACUCGAGGUUCAAACACGACUCGGAGUACCUGACACUUAAACUAGAUGAUAAAGAUUCUGACGAAUAAAGUACAACAGCAUUAUACAUCUUAAUUCCAGGGGGCGGGACGUAACCCAGUGGUCAAUCUAAUUAAAAUUAGCUCCACUGUUACAUGUGGAUCUAACACCAGCCAGU